CUGCGGUAGGCAGUCUGCAGAAGUGGCUGGAGCGAGCUGCGAUGACUUCCAGCGUGUCUUUUGCCAGCUUCAGGUUUCCAUGGCUCCUCAAGACAUUUGUCCUCAUGGUAGGACUUGCCACUGUUGCGUUUAUGGUGAGAAAGGUGUCCCUUACAACAGACUUCAGCACCUUCAAGCCAAAGUUUCCAGAGCCUGCAAGGGUUGACCCAGUGCUGAAGCUUCUACCAGAGGAGCAUCUGAGGAAACUCUUUACCUACAGUGACAUCUGGCUCUUCCCCAAAAAUCAGUGUGACUGUAACUCUGGCAAACUGCGAAUGAAAUAUAAGUUUCAGGAUGCCUAUAACCAGAAGGACCUUCCAGCUGUGAAUGCCAGAAGACAGGCAGAAUUUGAGCACUUUCAGAGGAGAGAAGGGCUGCCUCGCCCACCACCUCUGCUGGCUCCACCCAAUCUCCCCUUCGGAUACCCAGUCCAUGGUGUGGAGGUGAUGCCCCUGCAUACAAUUCUCAUCCCAGGCCUCCAGUAUGAAGGGCCAGAUGCUCCAGUCUAUGAGGUCAUCCUGAAAGCUUCUCUGGGGACACUGAACACCCUUGCUGAUGUGCCAGAUGAUGAGGUUCAGGGCAGAGGCCAGAGGCAGCUGACCAUUUCCACCAGACAUCGGAAGGUCCUGAAUUUCAUCCUUCAGCAUGUGACGUACACCAGCACAGAGUACUAUCUCCACAAGGUGGACACAGUAAGUAUGGAAUACGAGUCGUCAGUGGCCAAGUUUCCAGUGACUAUCAAACAACAGACUGUACCCAAGUUGUAUGACCCUGGACCUGAGAGGAAGAUCAGAAACCUGGUGACCAUUGCCACGAAGACUUUUCUCCGUCCCCACAAGCUUAAGAUCCUGCUUCAGAGUAUUCGAAAAUAUUACCCAGACAUCACCGUGAUUGUAGCUGAUGACAGCAAGGAGCCCCUGGAAAUUAAUGAUGACUACGUGGAGUACUACACCAUGCCCUUUGGGAAGGGCUGGUUUGCUGGGAGGAACCUGGCCAUCUCACAGGUGACUACUAAAUAUGUCCUCUGGGUGGACGAUGACUUUCUCUUCAGCGACAAGACCAAGAUUGAGGUACUGGUGGAUGUCCUGGAGAAAACCGAACUGGAUGUGGUGGGUGGCAGCGUGCAGGGGAAUACUUACCAGUUCAGGCUGCUGUAUGAACAGACCAAGAAUGGGAGCUGUCUUCACCAGAGGUGGGGAUCAUUCCAGGCCCUUGACGGCUUUCCCGGAUGCACGUUGACCAGCGGCGUGGUGAACUUCUUCUUGGCUCACACGGAACAACUCCGAAGAGUUGGUUUUGAUCCCAUCUUGCAACGAGUGGCCCACGGAGAGUUCUUUAUUGAUGGGCUGGGGAGACUGUUGGUGGGCUCUUGCCCGGGUGUAAUUAUAAACCACCAAGUAAGAACACCACCAAAGGAUCCAAAGCUGGCUGCCUUGGAGAAGACUUAUGACAAAUACCGGGCCAACACCAAUUCUGUGAUCCAAUUCAAGGUUGCACUCCAGUACUUCAAGAACCAUCUCUACUGCUCCACUUAAAAAGUACCAAGACCAGGAAUCGCAAUAAACAGAUUAGCGGCGGGCAACAAAAAAAAUAGUAGGAUUGGACAUUGGAGGGUACCAAAAGCAGACUCCUAACAAGGGGAACAGGGAACAAAGAAGCUGGAAGCUGGAGCUAGGGUAGGACCCUGAAGUCGGCUCAGGACCCCCAAGACCAAAUUCUCAGCACAGAGAUUUAUCUGCCCUAGAGAGAGAAAGGGCAGGGAAUGAGACAAAGACAAGGGCUGGAAGGUGGUGGGGCACACCUUUAAUCACAGCACUCCGGGGGCAGAAGCAGGUGGAUCUCUGCGCAUUUUGAGGACAGCCUGGUCUACAGAGAGAGUUCCAGGACAGCCAGGGCUACAGAGAAACUCUUAUCUUAAAAAGGCAAUAAGUUGAUCUAAAAUAAUGUUAUUUAAAGCCAGAUGAUAAGGUUGGUGUAGUGUUGUGAUCCCAAAGCCCAGUAACUGAAGUAGGAGGAUUGAGUUCAAGGCCAGCCUGGGCUAUGUAACAGCCCAUCUUUAAAUGAGUGACUAGGGGGCUGGAGAGAGCUCAGUGCUUAAGAGCGAUUAGGACAGAGGACCUAGAUUGGCUCCCAGGACCCACAUGAUGAGUCACAACUUCAUACCUGCAGUUUCAGGGAAUUGGAAGCAUCUGCUUACCUCCAAAGGCUCCUGCAUAUGAGUGGUGCAUACAUACACGCAGGCACACACAUAUGCACACAAAAUACGCUUUAAAAUAAAUGAAGGAAUGAGUGAAUGGCUAAAUAUUAACCAAAUAAUUCCGAUUUUAUUUUGUCAAGACUGCCUGGCCUAGCACUCACUGUGUAAGACUGACCUCACACUCAUGGCAAUCCUCCUGUCUCCACUUCCCAGUGCUGAGGUAUGAGGUGUGAACCACAAUUUCUGGCUUGGAUUUUUAAAAAGAAUUUACACACACACACAUACAUACACACACACUGUAGCUGUCUUCAGACACAUCAGAAAGGGCAUCAGAUCCCAUUACAGAUGGUUGUGAGCCACCAUGUGGUUGCUGGGAAUUGAACUCAGAACCUCUGGAAAAGCAGUCAGUGCUCUUAACUGAUAAGCCAUCUCUCUAGUCUCUAGCUUGAUUUUUAAACUUUGACUUUUAAAUAUACUUAUUCAUUAUAAUUUUUUUUCUUUUUGAGACAGGGUUUCUCUGUGUAGCCCUGGCUGUCCUGGAACUCACUCUGUAGACCAGGCUGGCCUCGAACUCAGAAAUCCGCCUGCCUCUGCCUCCCGAGGGCUGGGAUUAAAGGCAUGCACCACCAUGCCCGGCUUAUAUUUUGAUUUUAAUGGGAUAUUAAGAUGGAUGUUAAGAUUGUGAGCUUUCAACCCUGUCUCGGAAAACCAAAAAAAAAAAAAAAAAGAAAGAAAAGAUUGUGAGCCUUCAUGUGGUUGUUGGGGAUAGAAUCUCCACUCACUCCAGUCAACCCUGUUCUCAGUCCCUGCUAACUCCGGCCCAAAGAUUUAUUUAUUAUUAUAAUUAUUAUACGUAAGUACACUGUAGCUGACUUCAGACACACUAGAAGAGUGUCAGAUCUCAUUACCGGUAGUUGAGUCACCAUGUAGUUGCGGGGACUUGAACUCAGGAUCUUUGGAAGAGCAGUCCAUCCUCUUACCCUCUGAGCCAUCUCGCCAGCCCAUUUCAACACUCUGAACAUACUUACACUUUAUUUUUUACUUCCUGAGGUAAAUAUUGCUCUGAGCUAGACCAUAGAAAGCCAAACACCAGUGGGUAAGGAGGCGAGGAAUGACAUGCCAGCUAGUUGUGGUGUGGGCCUUUAAUCCCAGCCUUGAAUUCAGAGAUCCUCUAGCCAGGGCUAGGCAGUGAGCUCUGUUUUGUUUUGUUUUGUUCUGUUUUCAGAACAAAACCAAAAUCAGGGGCUGAGGAAAUGGCUCAAAAGGUGAAGUGUUUGUUACCCAAGCAUGAGGACUUGAGUUCAGAUUCCCAGAAGUAAGGCAUAGCUGCCAGUCUGUAACCCUGGGCAUUCUCACAGCAAAUGUUAACAUCCUCCAUUUUGACUGGGUUGUCGUUAGCAUGCUCAAACACAGUCUUUUCUCUACUUCAAGAUCUAGAACCAUCUCUCCAGAAGAGAGAGAGAGAGACAGAGAGUGAGUUAGUUUCCUAUGAUCCAGUAACACCUCUUCCCCAGGAACACAGGAUGUUCUAAAAGGACAUCCAUUCAACUCAAAGGGUUCAGGGACUCCCUGAAACCCACCAGACAGACUAGGCCCCCUCUUUUCCAAGUAUAUUAGCUGUGAAGACUGCUGAGAGGCACUCUCAGACAAGUUGAGCUGCCUGAAACAGACAUUCUCUAACCUGUUGAGCUGUCUGCAAGUUGUACAGAGGGCUUCAAGUUUACAGCUUUUGUGACAUGGUGAGCUUUCAUGGUGCCGCUGUCUUUCGAGUCAUUUGUGAUCCUGCGGUAACCCCUCACCCAUACUUCUGUCUGUAACCCCAAUAAAACUCAUCAGUCUGCUAUACUGGA